CUGUCCUCUCUUGGUUCUCCCUAGAACCAAGCUCAAAACCAGCUCUUUGAGACACAUUUUCAUCAAGAACGUUUAGCCCCUAAAAAGGGGAGGUGGGAUUCAGAGAAGGGUUGAACUGGGGGAAACUGCCUCACCAGUUAUGGCUCUAAUUGGUGAUUUUUGUCCAUUGUGCUAAUUUGCUAAACUUAGAAAACUGUAUUUUUUUGACAUUUUCCAAAUCUGCCCCUGGAGGCCUCAAAAAACCCCAGCCUUUAUAUUACCUCCUAUACAACAUUAUAUUGAAAGUGUGUGUUGUUUCAUUUAUGGGUUCUUUAAGGCAUCCCAAGGGUAGAAGAAGCUGGGACAACCCUCAGCUGUGAAACACUGGACCUGUUCCUUGCCAUCUGAUUUCCAAAGGCCUUCAACACUUCCAGGGAUGGGGCAGCCACAACCUCUCUGGGCAACCUCUGCCAGUGCCUCACUGCUCUUACAGUCCAGCAUUUCUUCCUAGUAUCUAAUAAAAACCAGCUUAAGGCUAUUCCCCGUCUUCCCUGCCUGCCCUUGGGAAGAGCCCCUCUGCAGCCUAUUUACAGCCCCCCAGCAGGUAGAGGAAGGGGUUCUAAAAGUUCUGAAGCGUCAACAGCAGCCAGCAGCCGUUGGUCACUGGCAGUCAUGAGCCCAACAUUCUGGAGUCUGGGAGUUGGAGGGACAGGCCAAUCAGCAGGCUCUGGUCCAGGUAACGUCACAGUGGCUGAGGAACACCUGAGGCAGUUGGAGGCGCAGAGCAGCAGCAGGACGGUGCAGAGCAGGCUCCUGCUUGCCUCCUGUCCUCCUCUGGCUAUUGGCGUUAUUCUGUGGAAGUCACCCGAGGGCUUUUCCUUGAGUUGGAAGAGGAACACCCAAAGAAAUGGGUAGGAUUGGUCGUUUGAUGGACCUUCCUACCUGUGAACUCCACAGGCUUAGGGAGAUUGCAGACCUAGUGACCUCCGUCCGCCUCUCACGCACCCGUAAGCAAAAGCUGGCGCUGGCCUUGAAGAAUAAAGGCUAUAUUCCAAAGCUGCUACAGCUUUUCCAGGUCUGUGAGAGCGCAAAGAACACCGAAGGCCUGCACCUCCUGUUUGACAUUGUGAGAGGGAUUUUGUACCUGGACAAAGCCAUUCUGUUUGAGGUGAUGUUUUCCGACGAGUGUAUCCUGGGUGUCCUCGGAUGCCUUGAGUAUGAUCCUUGCUUGGCUCAGCCAGGACGGCACAGGGAGUGCCUGGCCAAAACAGCAAAGCUUCAGGAGGUUAUUCCUGUCAGAGACCCUGAACUCAGGAAAAAAAUCCGCCAGGCGUCCGGGGCACAGUACAUUCAGGCCAUCAUCAUGCCUAACCCAUCAGAUUUUGAAGAAGGUUUUCUUUCCACCCUCGAUUCCUUCAUCAGCUCCAGAAAAGAGGAGAUUUUACAUGGGUUGCAGAAAGAUGAGGCAUUUCUGCCUGAAGUUUUUGAACAAUUAACAAAUGAAGCUACAGGUGGCGAGCAGCGAUGUGAAUUGAUUAAGUUUUUCAAGGAAUUCUGUGCCUUUUCUUUCACGUUACCUGAGAAAAGAGAUGAGUUUCUUCAAACUUUGGGAAAGUUGGGAUUUCUUCCAACUCUUGAAAUGUUAAUGGGAAUGGAUGAGCUGCAAGUUAGAUCUGCUGCUACAGAUAUAUUGUCUUAUCUAGUAGAAUUUAGUCCAACCACAGUCCAAGAAUUUGUAAUGCAAGAGGCCCGGCAGAGUGAGAAAGAUACCCAACUCAUCACUGAGGUCAUUAAGCAGAUGAUCUGUACUCCCAGCCCUGAAUUUGGAGGAGAUAAUCAGUUAAUGGAGAUUUUUUGUGCUCUGAUUGAUCCAGAGAAAAUGCUGGCCACAGCUAGUAAUUUAGAAGUAUUUGAAUUUCUCGAUAUCUUCUACGACCGUUACAUCCAUGUUCUUACUGCGCCGCUCCUGGCUGAUACCUCAGAUGAAUGGCAUGAAAUAGAUAAUUACCGAACAGCAGAAAUACUUGCCUCAGUUUUGGAGCUGCUGUCUUUCUGUGUGGAAAGGCACCAGUAUCACAUGAAGAUUUACAUGAUCAAGAAAGAUCUGCUGAGAAGAGCACUGGUCUUGAUGAAAUCCAAACACAAAUUUCUGGCCUUGUCUGCUCUUCGCUUUAUGAGGAAGAUAAUUGGCCUGAAGGAUGAACUUUAUAACCACUACAUCACUCUGGGAAAGCUGCUUGAACCAGUUGUGAAUGCUGUGUUGGACAACAGGAAUAGGUGCAACCUGCUCAAAUCUGCCUCGAUGGAGCUGUUUGAAUUCAUCCGAAAGGAGAAUAUUCAGCUCCUCAUUGUACAUAUAGUUGAGAACUUCUCUGAUGUGCUGGAAUCUGUCACAGACAUUCACACAUUCCAGGGACUGAAGACAAAAUAUGAACAAGGAAAAGACCAGCAAAAAGAGAAACUGAACAGUGUCCCCUCCAUAUUGCUUGGUGAGACAUUUGUCAAAGAAGCAGCAGCCUCACAGGUGGAUGAGGUCCUGCAGUUCAGUGAAAGAGAAGAGAAGGCAGCUCCAGUGUCACCACCAAGCUCCAGAGGCUCCUGUCCAACGUGCACGACCCUGACCGCGGCGCUGGCAGCCCCCAAGAGAGGUAUAUUUGAAAUAUUUGGUUUUCCUGGUGAUGAAGAUGAGGAGACACCGCCAAAGAAAAGAGCUCGCCUGGAUUCCUAAAGGAAACUGAAAUUUUUAAUUAAGAAUUUUUAUUAUGGGUUUUCCAGUGCUGCAGCUGUUUCGUGUUAAAAUACGGAACCAGCUGCAAUCCAUCACAUAGAUCUGUCUUGUCAUAUAUGUUAUUAUAUAAUAAUAAUAAUGUAAUGUAGUGGUAAUAUAUUGAUAUGAUAUGCUAUGAUAUAAUAUAAUACAAUACAA